CGUGGUAGUCAAACUUUUAACCACGCCUAUUUUCUGGCAUUGCGCGGGUUUUGUAGUAGGCGAAAUGGGUUUUCGUGACUCCCUUGAGCAAGAAUACGGGACACAGGACCUUUACGAGGCACUGGGUCUCAGUAAAGAUUGCAAAGAGUCAGAAAUAAAGAGAGCCUAUCACAAACUGUCCCUCAAAGUUCAUCCUGACCGAGUUGAUCCCGGGGAAAUUGAAGAAGCAACAAGGAAGUUUCAAGUCCUCUCCAAGGUGUACAGUGUGUUAUCAGACCCUGAGAAGAGAACAGUGUACGAUGAGACUGGUGUCAUACCUGAUGACGAUCACGUACUCUCAGACGUCAAUUGGACUGAUGUUUGGAAACUGCUUUUUAAGGAAGUCACAAUUGACGACGUAAAGAAUUUUGAGAAGAAAUACAAGGGAUCUGAUGAGGAGAAGGAAGAUCUGCGAUCGGCUUACAUGGACUAUGAAGGGAAUAUGGAUAAAAUACUAGAAACUGUUUUGUGUGCAGAGGUUGAAGAUCUGCCUCGGUUUCACGGGCUGAUAGCUUGUUGGAUUGCCGAGGGUUCCGUUCCUUCUUUUCCAGCAUUUACUAGCGAGACAGAUGCUACAAGACAAAAGAGAAAAAGGAAGAGAGAGGCAGAGGCCAAGGAAGCUGAGAAAAUGAAAGAAGAGCUUGGACUGGGAGAUGACAAAGAUAGUUUAAAGUCACUGAUCAAAGCAAGGCAAAAGGAUAGAGAGUCAGCUUGCAAUAGCUUUUUCGACCAACUGGAGAAGAAAUAUGGAAAGAAGACAAAGUCUACGGCCCAGAAUGGGAAAGGAGGGAGUAAGAAAAAAGGAAAAAAGAAAUAAGAUGCCGUUAACAUCAAUCACUAUAGAUACAAUAACUGACAGUAUUUACAAUUGAUUCCAUUUGUU